AUGAAGCACACAUCGCUACAGCUACAGCUACUACUAUUACCACUCUUUCUACCUACUGUGCUCGCAAAGAAUGUAUUUAGCGCCAGCGAAGUCUCAUCGCUAUCCAACUCGCCGUUCAAUUGUUCACUAGUCACGACUCAACCGUACGCACUUCAAUGCCAAUACGUCAAAGACAAUUGCAACAACGACAGUGUGUUCAACUACUACAACCUAUACUACUGCGACUUGAAAAUAUUCCAUGGAUGGGCUCUUAUCCCAUUACUUGUAUCAUUAGCUUACAUGUUUGUUUCUUUAGGAAUCACCGCCCUGGAGUUCCUAUGCCCUAACCUUCAUACAAUAUCGAAAUCAUUUUUAAAAAUCCCCGAUAAUUUAGCUGGCUUGACGAUUUUGGCAUUUGGAAAUAGUGCUCCUGAUAUUUUUGGCACAUAUGAAGCAACUAAGAUGGGUCUGAUCAAUUUGGCAUUGGCAGAAUUGGUUGGAGCUUCACUAUUCAUCAGCAGUUGUGUUAUUGGGUGUAUUGGGAUCAUCAAGCCAUUUGAAGUGCCACAAGUUUUAUUCAAACGUGAUGUAGCAAUGUAUUUCACGGUCUACACAUUGAUCUUGUUGAGUUUAAUUGUGGGCAAAUUGUCCAAAUUCAUUGCAAUAACAUUGAUUGGUGUUUACAUAUGCUACGUAUCAGUGGCAGUUUAUUCCCACAAAAGACAACAGUCACGAGUCAAAGCAAUUUUAAGAGAAAGACGAUCGCGAGGUGAAUUUGGAGAUGUACCUGAUGAUGAAGUGGUCAUUGAUGAAAUCUAUCUCGAUGGCGUAUCGCAAUUACCAACCAUUGAUGAUAUCAAUGUAAGAGAAACUUUGGGCUAUAACACAAACUCUACGGGGAAUUUCGGAUUGCGGAAAUUGAUGGAAGACCUAUCAUUGCAUUCCAAUUUGGGAGGAGCGAUACAAUUAGACACCGAAAGACAACUAAUGACGUCUCUUCGGGGUGUAGAGCCGGAAGAAAUUGCCCACCAAGAAGAGACCCCGCACGAGCAGCUUGUAAAUUUGUUUUGUCCCCAGCUUUCCCGUUUCAGAGACAAACCAAUUGGUGAAAAACUCAGGCUUUUGCUCUUGCUACCAAUAUCACUAAUUGUGAAAGUAUCAACGCCUGUCAGGACCCAUGCAAACAUGCUCACAAUCGAACAAGAUUACAAACCGAACACAGCCCAUAAUGUAUUUAACUAUUCGAAGGAAAAGAUUCAACUCGUGGUUCAAACAGGCAUCGGCUGCUUCAUUUUCCUCCUGGUAAAUACCCACAUGCAUUUCAUUUGGAAGCUUAUUUUCCAUUCCAUAGCUAGCUUAGGUCUAGCUUAUGCCAUUUUCAGACUAUACCCAACGUCAACUUCCUCAAGCAACUUCCCUCAACGUAUGUCAGCAAUAAAUUACUUUGUCGCCAUAUUUGGCCUCGUUGCAUCAAUCACCUGGGUAUCAAUCAUCGCUACCGAAAUCAUCAACAUCUUGCAAGUUGUGUCAACUGCCUACCGCCUUAGCGAUGAUUUUCUAGGUAUCACCCUUUUCGCAUUGGGCAAUUCAGUAGGUGAUUUCAUAACCAAUUACACAAUUGCCCAAAUGGGGUUCCCUGUUAUGGCAUUUGCUGCCUGUUUUGGAAGUCCAUUGAUGGCAUUGUGCUCCUUUGGAUUCAGUGGGUUGAUAAUCGGCGGCAACCACACGUUGACAUUGACAUCACCCGUCCUUGUUGCAAUUGUUGUUUUAUUCAGUAACAUGGUAGUUCUCUGUGUCAAGGUUCCCAGAAACUCCUGGAAGUUGGACAGGCACAUUGGAAUUAUCUUGAUUGGUAAUUGGACUUUUGCUUGUUUGUUCUGUCUAGUGGCAGAGCUCUUACGCAGAUACUUCUAA